GAGAAGGAGGCCUGCCUAGGGCCGAGAUGAGAUUAGGCAGGGCCCCCUCCCCUGUGUGGAUGUGGAUUGGAGCAGUUUCGGCUCAGCCCCCCCUCCCCUCUCGGGUGGGGGAUAGAACAAUAGCAAGGGGCCUGACGGCGGGAAAAGAAGGGGCGGGACGGGGGCUGAGCAGUGGGCGGGCAAGAGAGGAAAGGGCUUUUUAAAGGGGUAAAGCAAUACCUGCAAACAGAUAACUUGUUUUUCUUUCUCUUCGCAGGACCACGUUGAAGCUUCGGAUCAUGGAAGGAAGAAUUGGUGCUCCAAAGAGAAGAGUGCUCUGCCCCAGGCGUUUCCGCGACGAAGAAGAUUGGGCAAUGUUCAGGAGCUCCGGUACCAAGAGAAAGGUGACUUUUCUUUCCACAGGUGAAGGCUCCAGGAGGCGGCAGAAGUUGAUGGACGGCAGCAUCGGCGGCAGGAGAGGUAAAAGAUCCAUUGCGGAGGACUGCGAUGAAGGAAGUGUUCAGGAGGAAGAGGGCGCCGGUAAUCCAGGAGAAGAGGUAUCGCGAGACUUGGAUGACGUCACGUCGGCCGGAAGAGGUAGGGAAGCCGCCGAGAGUCCGGGUGACACCGCUAAGAGUGCGCACAACCCCGCUGAGAGUCCGAUCAGGUCGGUCAUGCCCCAGCCCAGUCCCAGGGAGCCCACAACACUGCCCACUAUCACCAACGAUUUAGGUAGCGCCGCAUUAGGGGCAAACCCGUCCCCGCUCCCACCCCCCCACGGCAACCCUAACAACCCAGCACCAAAGGGGGCGGAGGGGGAUGGGGCAGCUAACUUCCCCCGCAGCACCCGCACACCCAGGGGCCCGGGCAGGCGGGCAGUCCCAGGACAGGCCAGGGGAGGGAAGGCCAAAAAUAAAAUCCGGCCCAGGGUGCAGACAGCGAGCACCAGCAGCAGUUUCCAAUACCCUCCAUCCCCUGAACAUAAUAGGACCGCCACCACGAGAGGUCACUGGGAGGAAGAGGAGGCAGACGACGCGGAAUGGGGGAGGGAGCCAGUCCCCACACUUCCCAGGCAAAGAUCCCUUUUUCCAAGGGGGGGAGGAAACUCUAGGCCCGGAAGAGCGGGGGAGUACAGUUUUCUCAGGGUCCCCAAUCACAGGGGCCUGCCACGUCGACCAUGGGGGGAUAACCAUUGGGAAAGGGAUGAUUCUUGCUAUGUUGUCGGUGGAUACUAUGAUGAUUAUGUUGAUGAUUAUGAUACUGUUGACGUUUUUCCUUCAAGUAGCCAAAAGUACCGGCAAAGAAGGCCAGAAAGUAGAAUGUGUUAUGUAAAUGAUGGUGUGCCGAGUUUUUAUUUUAGGAACAGAGAGGAGGAGGAUAGUUGGUUUCAAUGGAGGAAGGAGAGGGAGCUGAGGAGACAGGAGGAAGAAGGUUCAUCAAGAGGCCCAGAAGGAGAAGGAAGGGCAUCAGCCAGUGCGGACGGACGAACAACGCAGAAGAAAGAGGAGGUUCCAGGAAGAACAGUGGCGGCUACGGCUGGUGACCCCCUAUUAGAAGAACUGUGUGAGAGGUCUGUAUCUGAGAAGACUCUUUCCAGCUACAAAAAGGCAUGGGAAAGAUGGCAGCUAUUCUGCAAAAGCGCAAGGGGUAAUACUACUUGCAACAUUUUGAUCAUAGGUCAUUCGUUCAUUUUUUGGGCAAGCAGGCACGCGGCCGGCAAGCAGUUGGUUUUACCAGAGGAACACAUGAGGAUUGCAGGGCAAGGAUGGAGAGGUAUGAAAUGGGAGCAAUUGAGAGGCAGGUUGAGCAGGACAAUGCUGAAUUUUAGUUUCAUUCACCUGAUCAAUAAAGACCCCUGCAUUGAUAGAAAAGAUGAGGAAAGACCUAGAAGAGGUAAUAGCCGAUAGCAGGGUAGGGGGAGUAGCAUGGUCAGACAUCAUACAGAGAGGUGAUUGGCGCGGGGCCAUUUCCCCCCAGGGCAUUGAAAAAUCCAGGAAGAAAGUUAACCAGGCCAUGCACAAACUCAUGUGUUCCUCAGGUAACGGGGUUAUUAAGCACAACAACAUCAAGCAUAGACAAACCCAGCUUUUUAGAAAGGACAAGGUGCAUUUGUCAGAGGAAGGUUUGGAUUUGUUUUGGGAAAACAUCAGGAAUUUUAUAGAAGGAUGGUGGAGGUCACGGCAGGGCUAGGUGGGCCAUGGAAAGGGACAGGUUGCACCCUUCCCCUUUUUUCCAUUGGUUGGCAGCAGAGCGGCUCCAGGAAAACGGUGGUUUCUCAGUGAAGUGCAGGCCUACCCUUGGGAAGUCACGAGUGUGGAGCAGACUUUGACUGCACGGUCUUGUCUGAGUCACGCGAGAGGCUGGGUUAGCGCCAUUAUUGCACAUGAUGGGGAGCAGGAGGAUGGGCUACAGAUUGGUCGGUCGGCAGAGGGCGCUCUGCCUGAUGAUCCCUGCUCCCAAAAAAUAGCUGUUUGCUAUGGUAUGGGCAGCGGGCCCAUGGUUUUUAUGCUAAGAUAGGAGCCGCAGCUGAUGGUCAGGGUGCACCUAGUCUUUUAAGAUUUUGUUAAAUAAAGAAAUGUGACCUCCACAGAUUUUGCCAACAUAAGAAGCCUCCGUGUCAUUUUUGGUUUAGACAGCAGAGGGGGUAGGGGGAUCCUUUGCCUAUAGAGAAGGAGGCCUGCCUAGGGCCGAGAUGAGAUUAGGCAGGGCCCCCUCCCCUGUGUGGAUGUGGAUUGGAGCAGUUUCGGCUCAGCCCCCCCUCCCCUCUCGGGUGGGGGAUAGAACAAUAGCAAGGGGCCUGACGGCGGGAAAAGAAGGGGCGGGACGGGGGCUGAGCAGUGGGCGGGCAAGAGAGGAAAGGGCUUUUUAAAGGGGUAAAGCAAUACCUGCAAACAGAUAACUUGUUUUUCUUUCUCCCACCCUCCCAGCCCAGGUGUAAAGAAAUAUAUGAAAGAAGGUGCUCCAGGGUCCUGCGGACCGAUCGCCUGGAAGGGGUCAGGAAGGAAUUUUUUCAUCAGGCUGCUAAUUGGCUGAAGGCACCUGAUUUUUUCGCCUUCCUCUGGAGUACCAUUAUCUGUGUAGGUCAUGUUGGUGCUCCCAUGGCACAGCUGCGGCUCCAAGUAUGAGGCAGCAGAGCGGCUCCAGGAAAACGGUGGUUUCUCAGUGAAGUGCAGGCCUACCCUUGGGAAGUCACGAGUGUGGAGCAGACUUUGACUGCACGGUCUUGUCUGAGUCACGCGAGAGGCUGGGUUAGCGCCAUUAUUGCACAUGAUGGGGAGCAGGAGGAUGGGCUACAGAUUGGUCGGUCGGCAGAGGGCGCUCUGCCUGAUGAUCCCUGCUCCCAAAAAAUAGCUGUUUGCUAUGGUAUGGGCAGCGGGCCCAUGGUUUUUAUGCUAAGAUAGGAGCCGCAGCUGAUGGUCAGGGUGCACCUAGUCUUUUAAGAUUUUGUUAAAUAAAGAAAUGUGACCUCCACAGAUUUUGCCAACAUAA